UUUAAAACGGGACAGUAGCUGUGAAAAAAUAGUUGAGAGCGGACGUACAGAGUAAAAGAUAAAGCAAGUUUUUGAACAUAAAAAAAGUUUUCUUCAAAAAGUGCAGAACCAAAUAAUUAGAACAAGAAAUUUAAUUUUUCGGUGCGGAAAAAGAAAAUAAACCAAUAUGCAAAUUUUCGUGAAGACUUUGACUGGCAAGACCAUCACCUUGGAAGUUGAGCCUUCCGACACCAUCGAGAACGUCAAGGCCAAGAUCCAGGACAAGGAGGGAAUCCCCCCAGAUCAGCAGCGUUUGAUCUUCGCUGGAAAGCAGCUGGAGGACGGACGUACCUUGUCCGACUACAACAUCCAGAAGGAGUCUACUUUGCAUUUGGUGCUCCGUCUGCGCGGAGGCAUGCAGAUCUUUGUGAAGACCCUCACCGGCAAGACCAUCACUUUGGAGGUCGAGCCCUCCGAUACCAUCGAGAACGUUAAGGCCAAGAUCCAGGACAAGGAGGGAAUCCCCCCAGAUCAGCAGCGUUUGAUCUUCGCUGGAAAGCAGCUGGAGGACGGACGUACCUUGUCCGAUUACAAUAUCCAGAAGGAGUCUACUUUGCAUUUGGUUCUCCGUCUGCGUGGUGGCAUGCAAAUCUUUGUGAAGACCCUCACCGGUAAGACCAUCACUUUGGAGGUCGAGCCCUCCGAUACCAUCGAGAACGUUAAGGCCAAGAUCCAGGACAAGGAGGGAAUCCCCCCAGAUCAGCAGCGUUUGAUCUUCGCUGGAAAGCAACUGGAGGACGGACGUACCUUGUCCGACUACAAUAUCCAGAAGGAAUCUACUUUGCAUUUGGUUCUCCGUCUGCGUGGUGGCAUGCAAAUCUUUGUGAAGACCCUUACCGGCAAGACCAUCACUUUGGAGGUUGAGCCUUCCGACACCAUCGAGAACGUUAAGGCCAAGAUCCAGGACAAGGAGGGAAUCCCCCCAGAUCAGCAGCGUUUGAUCUUCGCUGGAAAGCAGCUGGAGGACGGACGUACCUUGUCCGACUACAAUAUCCAGAAGGAGUCUACUUUGCAUUUGGUGCUCCGUCUGCGCGGAGGCAUGCAGAUCUUUGUGAAGACCCUCACCGGCAAGACCAUCACUUUGGAGGUUGAGCCUUCCGACACCAUCGAGAACGUCAAGGCCAAGAUCCAGGACAAGGAGGAUCCCCCAGAUCAGCAGCGUUUGAUCUUCGCUGGAAAGCAGCUGGAGGACGGACGUACCUUGUCCGACUACAAUAUCCAGAAGGAGUCUACUUUGCAUUUGGUGCUCCGUCUGCGCGGAGGCAUGCAGAUCUUUGUGAAGACCCUCACCGGCAAGACCAUCACUUUGGAGGUUGAGCCUUCCGACACCAUCGAGAACGUCAAGGCCAAGAUCCAGGACAAGGAGGAUCCCCCAGAUCAGCAGCGUUUGAUCUUCGCUGGAAAGCAGCUGGAGGACGGACGUACCUUGUCCGACUACAAUAUCCAGAAGGAGUCUACUUUGCAUUUGGUGCUCCGUCUGCGCGGAGGCAUGCAGAUCUUUGUGAAGACCCUCACCGGCAAGACCAUCACUUUGGAGGUUGAGCCUUCCGACACCAUCGAGAACGUCAAGGCCAAGAUCCAGGACAAGGAGGGAAUCCCCCCAGAUCAGCAGCGUUUGAUCUUCGCUGGAAAGCAGCUGGAGGACGGACGUACCUUGUCCGACUACAAUAUCCAGAAGGAAUCUACUUUGCAUUUGGUGCUCCGUCUGCGCGGAGGCAUGCAGAUCUUUGUGAAGACCCUCACCGGCAAGACCAUCACUUUGGAGGUUGAGCCUUCCGACACCAUCGAGAACGUCAAGGCCAAGAUCCAAGACAAGGAGGGAAUCCCCCCAGAUCAGCAGCGUUUGAUCUUCGCUGGAAAGCAGCUGGAGGACGGACGUACCUUGUCCGACUACAAUAUUCAGAAGGAGUCUACUUUGCAUUUGGUCCUGCGUCUACGCGGUGGCGCUCUCUAGAUUUUGUCAGCACUACAAAAAUCUCAAAAAAUUUGAUCUUGCCAGGCCAAUAGUAUUCAUAUUAAAUUUUAUUUAAUUGGCUUUAGAACAAGGCAUCAAGAAUAAUCACAUUUGGUAUUACAAAAAAUAAAUUUUCAAUUUGCGUGUUUAAAAUUA